AUGGCUUCACAACCUGAGGCAGAGCAUCCCAAAAAGGCUUUCGGAUGGGCAGCCAGAGACUCAUCUGGAGUCCUCUCUCCUUUCAAGUUCUCAAGAAGGGAAACCGGAGAAAAUGACGUGGCAUUCAAAGUAUUGUAUUGUGGUAUAUGUCAUUCGGAUCUCCACAUGGUGAAAAAUGAAUGGGGCAAUUCUAUUUAUCCAAUAGUUCCAGGGCACGAAGUUGCUGGUGAAGUAACAGAGGUAGGAAGCAAGGUAAAAAAUUUCAAAGUUGGAGACAGGGUAGGUGUAGGGUGCAUGGUUGGAUCUUGCCACUCAUGUCAAAGUUGUGCUGAUAAUCUUGAGAACUACUGCUCAAAGAUGAUUCUCACAUAUAGUGCCAAGAAUAUUGAUGGAACAAUCACAUAUGGAGGCUACUCCGACACCAUGGUUUCCGAUGAACAAUUUGUGAUCCGUAUUCCUGAUGCCUUGCCACUUGAAGCCGCUGCUCCUCUCCUUUGCGCGGGGAUCACAGUGUUUAGUCCUUUGAAGUAUUUUGAACUCAACAAGGCCGGUUUACACUUGGGUGUCGUUGGUCUUGGUGGAUUAGGCCAUAUGGCUGUGAAAUUCGCCAAAGCUUUUGGUGCUAAUGUAACAGUGAUAAGCACUUCUCCUAAUAAAAAGAAGGAAGCAAUUGAACAUUUAAAAGCUGACUCAUUUGUGGUUAGUCGCGAACAAGAUCAAAUGCAGGCUGUAAUGGGAACCUUUGAUGGUAUCAUUGACACUGUUUCAGCACUGCAUCCACUAACUCCCUUGCUUGGUUUAUUGAAAAACCAUGGUAAACUUGUUAUGGUUGGAGCUCCAGACAAGCCAUUAGAGCUUCCUGCAUUUUCUUUAAUUACAGGGAGAAAGAUAAUUGGUGGGAGUAUGAUUGGAGGGAUAAAGGAGACUCAAGAAAUGAUUGAUUUUGCUGCUAAACAUGAUGUGAAACCUGAUAUUGAGAUUAUUCCAGUAGAUUAUGUUAACACUGCAAUGGAGAGACUACUCAAAGCUGAUGUGAAAUAUCGAUUUGUAAUUGAUAUUGGAAACACUUUGAAGGCUAGCUCUUGA